AUGAGCCUCAGCGUUAGAACCGAAUGGCCACCGCCAAAUCGAGGAGCGUCCUCGCGUCCAUCACUGGACUUAUUGACCGACUCUCCGAUCCAGCCUCGUGUCUCGGAGUCAGAGUCUGCCAGAACACUUCCACCGGCCUGUGGUCCGCACAAGGUUCGAACAAGUGACUCCAACACUGCAGAUGGUUCCCAGACAACAGACCCUACGGAAGCUCCUGAUAACCUGGCCUCUACUGGACUCGUACGCUUCUUUGACGACGUAGCUUCUCCUGACUGGUGGCGUGUCAGCGAACUCGAAGACAAUUUCAGGGUUGCAUACAUAGGAACCCCCGCUUCAAAUCUGGUACAUCUUGUCUCUCUACGCCCUUCCAAGAAUUCAGCUCUUGUCGAUAUAUCCCAACCCAACCAACAGCUCUUGCAAACCCCACAAUCGGGCUUGUCUGCCUGGCAACAACCCCCAAUUUUCCCCACGAAUGGCGCCUACCAAGCGGGUGCGAACCAGUCUCGGCCUCUUCAGUCGGACGGAGAUGAUCAGCCGCAGCUCCACUAUCCGUAUCCCCAGAUCCGGCCUCUAAAGUCGUGGAGCUGUCAGUCACAGUUUUCCUUGUACCCUUCAGACGACCUUGCCACCGACUUGUCAUCGUUUCCAGUCUUGGAGGUCCGUCAAGCCCUGGUCAUGGCCUACUUUCAGCACCUUGAUCCCCUUGUCCCCAUCCUCUCCAGGUCCAAGUUCUUGGACUCGAGCGGAAACCUCCUUCCUCGACCACCGUUACUGUUGUUCCAUGCAGUGCUACUGGCCGGGGCCCAUGUUUGCACCCAUCAUCUGGUGAAAAAAGAUCGGCGAUCAGUCAAAUCUGUCCUUUUCCGCCGGGCGAGCAUGCUUUUCCAUCUUCGUCAUGAGACGGACCGCCUACAUCUAGCGCAAGCAGCUCUGCUCUUCACCUGGCACAUCAAUGAUGGCGACACCAUCAGCGGCGGCCCUUGGUACUGGACUGGGGAGGCUAUCCGGAUUGCCAGUGGACUGGGUCUACAUCGACAUAAUGACAGGUUACCCAGAUUCGAUCACGCCAUGUACAAGCGCCUUUUCUGGGCAGCAUUCGUGGCCGAAGUUUUCGCAUCGCUGGAGCUGGGGCGCCCGUGCGCAAUUCGGGGAGAAGAUAUUGACCAGUCCUCUUUGUGUGAAGAAGACUUCAAUGAAGCUUUAUGGACUCGGGAGACCGAUGGUCGUGUGGAGGAGGCCUCUCCUGGUCAGGCUGCGUUGGCGUAUCAUCUACGAAUGGUCGAGCUCGCCUACAUUGUUCUGGACAUUCUAACUCUCAACUCUCCCUCGGCGUCAGCAAAGCCGGAGCUGUCGCAAAUUGAUUUUCGUCUAGGCCGGUGGCUGAUCAGCUGUGACUUGUCAUCGGGGGGAGAGCAUGAAGAGUGUUUUAGACACCUUUUGCGAAUACACUACUACCAGGUCGUCCUACACCUGCAUCGCAACUACAGCCAGGUAUUAGAACACAGUCCGAGGGUAUGCAAUGCGGCAGCCGAUGCCAUCAUCUCUUCAGUCGAGCAAAUCGCAGCUGUUGAUGAAUUGAAAAAGUGUCCCUUCACGGUCGUCGGUGCCGUUGUUGCUGUGGGCAUUCAACUUGUUCAGGAAUUGCGAUCCGCUGUCCUGGCUAAAGCCUUCUUGGUCGCCAUCGAACUUUCGGAAAGACUCAAAGGGAUGCUGAAAUGUACAAAGUUGCUGGCCGUCUUUUGGCCCAACGCCGAGGCUGCAUACGGUGUUUUCCACGGCAUUUCGCAAGACUAUGAGCAUCGCUUGUCCCGCGGCCUACAUUCAGUAGAGCAGCCGAAUCUUCCGGAUUUUGAACCCGACUGGAACAGCCUAUUCGUGUCUAUUCCACCCUCCCUUCAGGUUGAGGAAAAUGUAGACCAGGAUUGGCUGUGCUUUACAGAUUGA